AUGAGUCGAGCAAUGAAUCGAGCACAAGAAAUUUCAGACUCAAUCCCUAAUGAUCUCCUUCUGGAGAUAUUCUCGAGAUUGCCAGCAAAGUCAGUAGGGAGGUUUCGUUGCGUGUCGAAGCAAUGGGGUUCCAUGCUUCGUCAUCAAUAUUUCACAGAGUUGUUCUUGACCAGGUCACAGGCUCGUCCACGUCUCUUAUUCGCCCUCAAUCGAGAUAAGGAGUGGAGCUUUUUCUCAACGCCUCAGCUUCAGAAUCCAUAUGGGAAUUCGGUAUCUGUAGAGGCGACUUUUCAUAUGAAAUUCUCUCAACUCAGAUGUAUCCCUACAACGUUACCUUGUCUCAUCUCUGGAUUGAUCUAUUUCUCUCGUGUGGAGAGCUCACCAAAAGAGAGUGAUGAUGGAGCGCCUGUGAUAUUUAACCCUACAUCGAGACAGUAUGUGAGCUUCCCUGAACGGAUAGGGUUUGAUAGCUUUAUAGGGUUUGAUCCAAUUGACAAGCAACACAAGGUAUUGGUCACUGGACGUGGUGGUAAUCAUAGGGUUCUGACAUUAGGAACCGGAGAAACCAUGUGGCGGAAGAUCCAAUGUCCCUUAUUCCAUCGUCCUUUGGAUAGCGAUAGAGGGAUAUGCAUCAAUGGGGUUUUGUAUUACUUUGCUGACACUUAUGAUGAAAAUGACAAACGUUAUGAUGUGAUAGUUUGCUUUGAUGUUAGGUCCGAGAAAUUCAGUUUUAUUGACGGGAAAUCAUACGGUGAUAGGGAUUUUAAAUGGAUAAACUAUAAGGGUAAACUAGGUGUGAUUGAGUGUGUGAUUAAGUUUUCUUUUGCUGAGUUGCGUCUGUGGGUUCUAGAGGAUGUCGAAAAACAGGAAUGGUCGAAUUAUGUCUACCCUUUGCCGCGGGAUGACAUUUAUAAAGCCGUUGAUCGCGACAAUGUUUCGGUCGUUGGAAUGACUGCUACAGGUGAAAUAGUUUUGUCGAAUAUAUGUGUAUCAUCUAAACGACUCAAUGUUUUCUACUUCAAUCCCGAGAGGAACACUUUCCAAAGUGUUGGAAUCAAAGGUAUUGGAGAAUACUAUUAUGAGAAACCUUUUCAUAGAGUUUAUGCCUUUGUGGACGUCGUAGAUGAUCUUCAUGUUAACGAUGCAAAGUACCUCAAGUCAAGCCAAAGCCUAAACAUCAUUAGGGAAACGCCAAAACUGAUCAUUUGGGAAAGGGCAACCAAACUGGCAAAUCGGCCAAUCAAUCCACCAAAACUCCGCAACUUUGCUCCAUUUUUGAAGAACAAGUACAACUUGUUAUCUAGAAGAGGGACAGGGGAUGUCGAAAAACAGGAAUGGUCGAAAUAUGUCUACACUUUGCCUCCAGAUGACAUAUUAAACGUUGAUCGCCAGAAUGUUUCCGUCGUUGGAAUGACUGCUACAGAAUACUAUCAUGAGAAUAUUUAUGUCUUUGUGGACGUCGUAGAAGAUGUUCAUGUUAACGAUGCAAAGUACCUCAAGUCAAGCCAGGGCCUAAACAUCAUUAGGGAAAUGCCAAAACCGAUCAUUUGGGAAAGGCCACAGAAACUCUGCAACUCUGCUCCAUUGUUGAAGAACAAGUACGACCUGUUAGCUGAUCUAGAAUAG